CCCCCUGUUUGCUGACUUAAAGGAUUCCCGCAGGGAUCAUAAACACACACCGGACCACAACCCACUGAACAAAGGAACUUUUCUGCAAAUCAACAUUUGACUUUUACAGUUCAAGAAUGGAACGAGGAUGGAUCCUGUUGGUUGCUGCAGUGGGGGUUUACGUGGCCUCGGGUGUCCAAGGAAUUCCUAACUUGUCAUUUUCCAAUAAUACACAGGUGAACAUCUCUCAAAAUGGUUGUGGAGUCAGCAAACUGUGUGUGCAGACACCAGCCAACUGUGAUCCAGCUGGAAACACCAGCUGUUUGUUUGCAUCUGUGAUCUCUAGCACCCAAGUAGCACCCAACGGCUCUGCAAUGUCCUUCCAACUCAGGGGAGAGUCCGUGGGAUACAUCGCACUGGGACUCACUGUGAAUGCUUCACAGGGUACCACCAUGCUUUUCAUCUGUGCUCAAAACAGCUCCAACAAUGGGAGCUUCUUCUUCCAGACGAUGGAUCAGAACAACACCAACGGGGUUCUCACUCCAGCUGAUAGGAUAACAAGAGAAAUCCGUGGCAUCGUAAACAGAAAUGUGAUCACGUGUGAGUUCGGCGUCCAGAACGUGAACGCCUUCAGCACCAUCGUCCUCGGGACUGGGAAUAUUACUAUUAAUGGUCUCAGCCCCUUCUACAUCUCCCUGAACAGCGGCCUUCUGAACCUCGCAAACCCAGCCAGCAACGUCCCCACCACAGCACCACCAGUGGUCAACACAACAGUGGUCAACACAACAGUGGUCAGCCCAACAUUGGUUAACUCAACAAUGGUCAAAACAACAAUGGUCAACACAACAAUGGCCAACACAACAGUGGUCAACACAACAGUGGUCAAACCAACAACGGCCAGCAGCAGUGGAGCUGUCCAACCUUACGCCAUGCUGCUCCUGCUGAGUGUCCUCACACUACACGUCCUGCUGAGAGCCUGAAAGGAAUAUUGAGUUCCAGUUUGAUACAAUGAAGGCAAAGGAGUCGAGAACUGUCGAGUGUUGAGCAUUAACGGAACUUAUUUUAAAACGUAUCUUAUAAAGAAUCUUUUGCACAAUGUUUCUACCUGAGAUGUAGCUGAGCUGAAACUCCAGCUGUUCAUGUGGCAUUUUGCAAAAUGAAAUAUGGUUUUUGUGGCUUAUUUGCUUAAUUUUUCUGUUUAGGACUAUAGAAAACAUCUUUGUAAUUCCUCUUGGCACUUGGGUUAACUUUUCUACAGAAAAAAGAAAUCUUAAAAUCUGGUAUAACAAGCAGUUUCAGCAAAUGCAUAUUUACUGUACACUUUGGUCUGAUGAGUUUUAGCUGUUUACAUAACAUGUUGGCAGUAUACAGAAAAACAGUCAGCGUCCUUCACAGGAAACCCAGCCCCACAGUGUGGUUAUUAUGAUUGACAUUUUAAAUUAUCUUUGACUGUGAAUGGACAGCAAAAAAGCUCCACCUGUCUUAAAAUAAUAAAGUUGAAACUAUAAAUUCCUUGUU